AUGGCCGUGGACGUGAUGAUGUGCAGGGGUUUUUCGAUCACCCUCGCUAAAUCAGAUCAGAAUUACUACAGGCAACUCAAGCCCAAUUCAGUUGGCUCCUUUACUGAGCUCAGCAGAUUAUUCCUUACCCAGUUCAUAAGUGGUAAGAAGAGUUGGAAGUCGACUACUCAUUUGUUCACCAUCAAGCAAGGGCCUAAAGAGUCAUUAAAGGACUUCAUUGCCUGCUUCAACGAGGAGGCAUUACAGGUGGAGGAUUAUGAUGACAAAAUGACGCUCUCUGCCAUGUUCAGCGGGCUAAAAGAGGGGAAGUUUACCUUCUUCAUUGGGAAGAACGCCCCGAAGACGUUGGUCGACCUCGUGAGCAGAGCUCAAAAAUACACUAAUGCUGAGGAGUUCUCUAACUCCCGCAAAAAUAUCCAGGUAGCGGAGCCAUCAACUAAAGGGAAGAGGCUGGGGAACGAAGAACCCCAGUUAUCCAACAAGAAAGUGGAUGACUAUGUUCCUUGUGAUCGUCAGCCGAGCAGGAAGCCUGAGGGCAAGUUCCGUUCCUACACUCCCCUCAACACAUCUACAGAACAGAUACUGCUGGACAUCAGGGGUCAGAAACUCCUGAAUUGGCCCGUUUGCAUGAAAGCGAACGCGGAACACCGAGACAAGCGCAAAUACUGCGGUUUCCAUCGUGACCACGGUCACAAUAUAAAUGACUGCGCGAAUCUCAAGGACGAGAUCGAGACCCUCAUUCGUAAGGGUCAUCUACACCGAUACAUCAAGGAGGAGAAAUCAGCUCAAAGAGAAGAGCAGCCGAGCAAAAUUGUAGAAGAACCGGUCGAAAUUUGUACCAUCUUUGGCAGUUCAUUAGGCGGAGGAGACUCAAACAGUGCUCAUAAAGCCCACUCUUGGAAGUUUGAUCCGGAGCACUACGUCCACAUGACCGAGAGGCCGAAGAAAGAGCUCCGAGUCAGUUCCUCCAGCCUGACCUUCACGAAAGAUGAUGCGUACGAAAUCCAGCAUCCUCACGACGAUGCCUUGGUGGUGGCAAUGACCAUAGCCAACCACAAGGUUUACUGCAUCCUGGUCGACACUGAGAGCUCGGAUGAUAUCAUCUACUACAGGCCUUCGAAAGAAUGGAGAUUCCAAGGUUACGCCUCAGACCUGUGA